AUGUUAUCUAAUGGCUUCAGGGGGCAGACAGUAGGGCUGCUUCGUCGCCAGCUGGCGCUCUCACCUGGUGAUGGUGGUGACGCCUGCACGCCGCCAAGAGCCCCACAACAAAGCAAGCGAGAAAGCAAAUCAAAACGGCCUUGGUGGCAAUUAUUGAAGCCAAGUAACUCAAGCUCACGGAUGACAGAAACUCUAGAAGGCCCAUCUGCGGGGGAGGGUGUGGCUUGGUCAGGCCAGCACAAGCCCAGCAGCGUGCGUCGUCCAGGGGAGCGAGUCGAACACACUACAAACGUGCCUAUUGGAAACGAACAGUCCGUGCAUUACCAAGCUAUGGACACAUACUACCCCUUUCCACUCCUUGGUGGUGUAGAAGCGCCUGAAAACCAAUCGCUGCGGGAACUAUUGAGGGAAAUACAAGAUAUUGCAACAUAUCUUUGCAGCUUCCACACGUCAAUGUUCAGCAGUAAUGCAAUCCUUACACAAGCAAUUGAUUAUGUUGCAACAUCGCGUCUGGUCGUGAGGCCAAUUGACACCAAUUCGGGGUCUACACACAUUGUAGCCGCUCUUGCACUGCAUACAACUUACACUUGUGCUCCUGCGGUUAUGUGUCUUCACUUCUGUGAACGCCUUGCAGAGGGACUCGAGGCUAAAUAUGCUCUGAACAAUGGCAACAGCUCGUACCUCAAUGAGCCGGGUCCUCCUGAUUCUCGGUUUAAGGCGUUAUAUCCCAGUCGGCGAGGUUGGGAACCAAGUCAUUUUAGACGCGACUUCGCUUGUGUAGCCGAAGAGAUGCUCACCAAUGUGCUGGCUGAAGCGGAAGAUGGCAGUGGGCUCUCCACACAAAAUGUCGAACAAAUGUUUCAGCUCUGUGGCAGAUUGUCUCGUAUUUCGUAUGGAUGGCACAACCGCCUACUUGAUGGCCCUUCGCAUGUACUUUUCAUGCGACUGAAAUCAUAA